AUGAGUCAAAGUAACCCUCCUCCCAAACCCUCCUCUCUAGACCACGGCAACAGUGUCUCUUCUCCCGCACCUUUGCACCCUAAACCUCGCUCUGCUGUACCCUCAUACCUCUUGAAUGGUUCUUCCCCUCUGCAACGUUCCCAGACCACGACAACUCGAGCUCAGGAACGAGAGAACCUCGCAUCUUCCAUUAAAGCUACGUACGGCCGACGGAAAACCAUAGACUUCACGGCCGAGGGUCAAACGGCCUCUCAGGCCACCAUGCCGAGCGGCACAUCAUGGCUGGGCCUAGAAAAUACGCAAAAGGACAACGACUCGAAACGUCCUACACCGCUGCACACCCCAGCGCGAGAUGAGCGAGAUGAAGCACCGCCCACCCCUCCUGCCUCCACGGUGUCGCGUCCCGCAAGCCCAUAUACACAGCAUCCGCCUAUUGACUUUGACGGCCUUUCCUGGCCGUGUAUUGGCACUCGCGAACGCCUCGAACAGACCCCCGAACAAGCACAAGUCCGCCUCGACAAACUCGCCGGAGCGGUCAGGACAAUUUUUGAAUGUAUAGGCGAAGACCCGGACCGCGAGGGACUGCGAGAUACCCCAGAGAGAUACGCCAAGGCGCUGAUGUACUUCACCAAGGGCUACGAGGAGAACGUGCGCGAUUUGGUCAACGGGGCCGUGUUUCAUGAAGACCACGACGAAUUGGUUAUCGUCAAGGACAUUGAAGUGUUCAGCUUAUGUGAACAUCAUAUGGUGCCAUUUAUCGGGAAGAUGCAUAUUGGGUAUAUUCCCAACCGGCGCGUGCUUGGGUUAUCCAAGUUGGCCAGGUUGGCCGAGAUGUUCUCACGCAGAUUGCAAGUUCAAGAGCGGUUGACGAAACAGGUUGCACUGGCGAUUGCCGAAGUUCUGAAACCACAGGGCGUCGCGGUCGUGAUGGAGAGCAGCCAUCUUUGCAUGGUGAUGAGAGGCGUGCAGAAGACGAGCAGCUCGACGACGACGAGUUGCAUGCUAGGCGCCAUGCGGAGCAGCGCCAAAACAAGAGAAGAGUUCUUGAGCUUGUUGAACAGGAAAUGA